UAUUCCAAAAGUUUCACUGUAUCGUAUCUUACUGUAAGAAUAACAUGACGUCACUUGAAAUCCCAAUACAGUAGAAAACAGUCCAUGGUUCGUUUACUGGAACCUUCCAUGCAAGCCAGGGGUGUAGCCAGCUGUCCACAUCCUGGUUCCCUUCGUGUUCCUGACUUAUCAUCUACGUUGGCACUUAACGGCCUUAUUUUGAGUUGUGCAGGACGCAACUAGGUGGAGAACCGCUGAAUCAUGACUCUGCUCAUCAUUCUUCUCGGCUUGUUGAUUGGCGGCAUAUUUUGCCUUGACGAGAGGGGUUUUGUUUCUUUAAACAAUGAACGUGCUUCUCAAGCAGAAACUUGGGAACAGACUUCGUUUUAUGCCCCUACCCCGGGUAAUCUUGACCGCUAUACGCCAUCUGUUUAUUGUCCUUCCCCAAGCCGUCUAAACGCUGAACGCUCAUCCUCAUUGCCUCGACCGGGCCGUUUAGGCUAUUACGAUGAAGCUAGCAGUGGUAAUCUGCAGUCGUGUGAUGACCAUACACAAACGUAUAUCAACUAUCCGAUCGAGUGGAGGGUACUUCUCAACAACCGCGGCGUAGCUAGAGAUACUGAAGAAGAUCUGGUCUUGAAACCCUCUUCAUACUGGCAACAAAUAAAGGAGAAGGCCGAUCAAGCUGUGCGCCAGCGCCUGAGGAAGGCAAGCAAUCGACGUGUACGGUCAGAUGAGACCACUAUUGUGGUUUCUGUAAACGACCGUUCCGAACGUGACCUUACCAAGCGCUUUGAAACUGAUCAUAUUGAUUGGACAGCUAUAGAUAGGCAACUUCUAAAGUGGGAACCACUGUUCCGCAAGGGAAGAAAGCUGAGACUUUCUAUAACCAUCAGGUAUCUAGAGGAUAGGAAUCCUUCUCCACCCGGCAGAACUGACAAAAGAGGGUCUUCAUCAACAACUAACCGAAUGCUCCGUGAUUUGGAAGAUCAAAUUGACGCCGAAGAGUCCUCAGGGCAGCCGUCGUUUUGGAGAGACGUCUAUAAGAAAAUGCGUUGUCCAGGACCACCUUGUCAUCAUGAAGGACAGUACUGCUGGCAGGAUCCAGUGAGUAAAAAGCAUUACAGAUUGAGAACGCAUCACUUGCGUAGCCUCGUCAAAUUUGUGGAAAAUAAUGGUGUUCUUAACACCCAUGAUGACGUUCCUGAGGCCAUUCGAGAGCAGCUAUUUGCUGAAGAACGACAACAAAUUGAUCACCGACAGAAAACUCUUAAUCUUCCUGCAAAUUCAUCAGGGCUUCCUCCUAUCAAUAUAAAUGUCCUCCCGACAAUGUCAUCCCAGCCCUUGUUGUCUUGCUCAUACAGCGAUCAAUCGAGAUCUUCUAGAAUUGAACAGGCUCGCUCGUUCAAGAUACCCGAGUCCUUUGAGGAAGCACUCGAAAAUUAUGCCAAUUGGCAUCUUGGACGAGUGAGUACCGUCAACUCCAGGGAAAAUAUUAUCCGAGCGCGCGACAUUGCGCUGGAAAAGUGUCUUGAUCUGCAGCAGAUCUUCAUUGAUAAUGACCCAGACUCUUUAUCAGGGGUCGCGAUUGGUAUGGCCCGUAGGUUCGCUAACGACAUUCCGCUGUGGCUUAAGGAUCGGGAGCACAGGAACGAUAUGGAGGAGCCUGAGAACGAGUGAAAUUAGAUUCUUUCCUUGACAUAAUUGGUAGAUCGCCGCCUUCGCAGGCAAUCAAUCCAUUCAUUGAUUCUGUAGCAACUUUCUUUAAAUUUAAAAGGUUAUUCGAAUGGGCUAACCUAGAAUCGGCGGGAAGAUCUGCGCCAUUGGAAAACGAAGUGGGACUAUCCGUGUUAUUUGAGGAUUUGAGUUGCGAACACGUGGAGCUUUAAUCUCCGAUUCCCGACCCGAAUUUUCGAAUAUCGCCGUUGUCACGUGACACCACCUGACUGUUGGAGCUCGGUUACGCUAGGAUGGAUACGGAAUAUAGGCAAAUAAUAAGAAGUUAGAGUUGAGAAUUUCUAUGUAUUGAUGCAC